UCUUCCCACCACUCAUCCCGAAAAGCCAACGUAAGACGGUCUUCACGGCGGAGUCCUCUCUCGUCACAUCUCCACUGGCAUAAUGGAAACUGAAUUAAAACAGCUGUGACACGCUUUGAGAAAUAACCAAACCUACGACUUGUAACUAAACUGCUGUGGAAGAAGGUCGCGUUUGUUUGGAUGGAGAAUUUUGAGUCGUUGGUGAGUGAGCUGAAGGCAAGCUGGUUGUGAAGGUGCUGGACUUGUUCCCCCCUACGCCCCAAGCCGGACACAGCAUGGCGGCGGGAGUAGCGGCAUGGCUUCCCUUUGCCCGGGCAGCGGCGAUCGGCUGGAUGCCCGUGGCCAAUUUGCCCAUGCCAGUGGCACCCACUGAGAAGAACAAGCGUCAGGAUGAGCUAAUCAUUCUUAAUGUCAGUGGACGGCGCUUUCAGACCUGGAGGAACACGCUGGACCGCUAUCCAGACACCCUGCUGGGGAGCUCAGAGAAGGAGUUCUUCUACAACGAGGAGACCAAAGAGUACUUCUUUGACCGGGACCCUGACGUGUUCCGCAGCGUGCUCAACUUCUACCGCACAGGCAAGCUCCACUAUCCACGCUAUGAGUGCAUCUCCUCCUACGACGAGGAGCUGGCUUUCUUUGGCAUCGUCCCGGAGAUCAUCGGUGACUGCUGCUACGAAGAGUACAAGGACAGGAAGAGGGAGAAUGCGGAGCGUCUGAUGGAUGACCAGGAGGACAACAAGGACGCUAAGCUGCCUAACAUGACCUUCAGGGAGACCAUGUGGCGGGCUUUCGAGAACCCCCACACUUCCACCAUGGCCCUUGUCUUCUACUAUGUCACUGGCUUCUUCAUUGCCGUCUCUGUCAUCACCAAUGUGGUGGAGACGGUGCCCUGCGGCUCGUCGCCCAACCAGAAAGAAGUGCCAUGUGGUGAGCGCUACACCGUGGCCUUUUUCUGCAUGGACACGGCUUGCGUCAUGAUCUUCACCGUGGAGUACCUGAUGCGCCUGUUUGCCGCGCCUAGCCGCUACCGCUUCAUGAGGUCCGUCAUGAGCAUCAUCGAUGUGGUGGCCAUCUUGCCCUACUACAUUGGCCUGGUGAUGACUGACAACGAGGACGUGAGCGGCGCUUUCGUGACACUCCGUGUUUUCCGCGUGUUCCGUAUCUUUAAGUUCUCCCGUCACUCGCAGGGCCUGCGCAUCCUGGGCUACACGCUGAAGAGCUGUGCCUCAGAGCUGGGCUUCCUGCUUUUCUCCCUCACCAUGGCCAUAAUUAUCUUUGCUACCGUCAUGUUCUACGCAGAGAAGGGUUCAAGCUCCAGCAAAUUCACCAGCAUCCCAGCCUCCUUCUGGUACACCAUCGUUACUAUGACAACGCUCGGGUACGGAGACAUGGUUCCAAAGACGAUUGCAGGGAAGAUCUUUGGCUCAAUCUGCUCCCUGAGCGGGGUGCUGGUAAUUGCCCUGCCUGUCCCUGUCAUCGUGUCCAACUUUAGCCGCAUCUAUCACCAGAACCAGAGAGCAGACAAGCGGCGGGCGCAGAAGGUACAGAAAGCCCGCUUGGCCAGGAUACGAAUAUCCAAGACGGGAAGCUCCAAUGCCUUCCUCCACAGCAAGCGCAACGGCCUGUUCAACGAAGCUCUGGAGUUCACGCAACUUCCGUACAAGAUGAACCUUUCAGAUCAGAGUUCUACUGAGGAGGAGCAGCGGUUAAGCAAGUCCACCUCUCUACUAGAGAGCCAGCACCACCACCUGCUGCACUGUCUGGAGAAAACCACUAACCAUGAGUUUGUGGACGAGCAGUAUUACCAGCAGAGCUACCUGGAGGCGGGGCUGCAGAAUUACCCGUCUCGAAGCCCCUCCCUCUCCAGCCAGGACGGCGUGACGGGCACGUGCUGCACCCGCCGAAGCAAGAAGCACCACACCCCUUUACCCAAUGCCAGUGCCGCAGCACACAUGCAGCCUUUGACACACACGCACACACACCAACAAGGCUUGCAGGAGCUCAGCACCAUCCACAUCCAGCCCCUCAGCACCAGCCGCUCCAGUCUGAACAUGCGUGUAGACGAGCCAGCAUCCCUGAACUGCCAGAGCAGCCAGAUCACCACAGCAAUCAUCAGCAUUCCCACGCCGCCAGUGACGACUCCCGAGGGCGAUGCUCACCUGCCUGCAGGCCCCACCCACCAGAACGUUGUGAAGGUGUCCGCGCUGUGAAGACUAAAGUGCAGGCGCGUCGCAAAGAAAGACAGACAAAGACUCUUCGAGACAGACUGAGGGGACAGAGAAGCACUGGGAAUGAUGGAGGAGAUGGCAUUCAGAGUCCUAGUCUGGCCGUGGUGGAGCCUGCCCUCUGCUGGUCAUGUACUGUAACGACAUGGACUCCCUGUACAGACAGAGGAUGGCUUUUAGAUCCAGCAUAUUCAUGUUAGUGGUUGCGAGUGUGUGCAUGGGUGAAAGAGUGAAGGAAUACGUGUGGGGAGUCGUUGAAGAUGAGGAGGCGUGUGAGAGUGUGCCUCCCAAGUGUCGGAGAUGAGUUCCCAGAGCGAGUCAUGUGUCACUGUGCACAAAGCACCUUUUAUGAUUUUCGCUUCAGUUUGACUCUUACCGUCUCUUUUUCUUUUUUUUAGCAGGAGAUAAAAAGAAAAAGUAAGAGAACUCAAGGGGAAAGACAAGAAAACAUUAUCAGAACUUUUUUCCCCCCUCUGAUUUAGCCCCACCCUUUUUUGUUUUGUGUCAUUUUGGUCUACUCACCUGUUGAUAGAUAAAUACGCCACCAUUUUUUUUUCAGGUCAGAUAUUAUUCCACUUAAAAAAAAUCCUUUAAAAGAUUAAACAUGGUAGGUGUGUCUGUGAUGGCGUUACCAAUGAGUUUAUUUGUGAAUGAGUGUAUGUGACUUUUUUGCUAGAUAGAGGAAUUGUGACGUUUUGGAUAGGAGGUAUGUGCCUGUGUGUGUGCGUGUAUGUGUGUGUGUGUGUGUGUGUGUGUGUGUGUGUGUGUGUGUGAGAAUGUGUUUGUCUCAGUUGAUUCAAUUCUCCUGGAAGUCUAUAUGGCUCAGUAUAUGGUAUAUUUGACUAGCUGCCACUCUGAUGGGUUCACUGUACACAUUUCUGUUCGAAAUUCUCAGCUACAAGCCUUUUACACGACAUGUGCCUGUUGCUGGAGUAAAAAGAGAUUUAUUUGUUUUUAUAGUUUUCUGAAUCCCGCCCUGCCUUCCAGUUCUUUUCCCUUUUGGCUGCCACAGCCCGACAGACCUCAAAUAACUCAAUUCUCUCACAAGGAAACCAAAAAAAAAGUACAUUUUGAAUUCAAACCACCACUAUUAAAAGCACAAGGCGUCCACUGAGAAUUUCUGACACGAAUCUGUCCUGAGCCUGGGUUCUUUGUGAAUAUUGUUAAUAGAAUAUUUUGUAAUAUUUGACCAUCGUUUGGCAGAACCAGUGAAGCUGUCUUCUCGUUCUCUCUCUUUCUCCCUCAGUCUGUCUUUCUCUCUUCCUCUCUCUCUCUCUCUCUCUCUCUCUCUCUCUCUCUCUCUCUCUCUCGUUGUUGUCCUGUUGUAUCCCUACCUCCUGUGUGAACAACAGUAUGCUUUCAGUAGUCUUUAUAGCUGUCAACGUUUUUUCUUCCCCAAACUCAGCGGGCAUUUUUUCAAAGUUGUUGAGUAUGUGUACUCUAUGUGGUUAGGAAACUUGAUGUUUGUACUUUUUGUCCUCCUUGGUGUUUCAAAAGGAUUUUAUUUACUUUUAUCUUCUGGAGAACUUAAAGCAGGGAAGUCUGUUGUAACGGUGACCACAGAGAGGACACUGGAUGAGCCAUCCACAGAUCUCUUGUCACCAAAAAACACACGCUAUUCUGUCUGUUCUCUCGACUCGCAGCCCCCCCGACAUGUAACAUUAGCAUUACUUCUCAUCAGAUCCCAUCAACGUUGACCUUUGUAACUAUGGACGAUGACCUUUUAGCUCUGCUAACCUCCUCGUUGAUACCUCCCUGUUGGCCUUUUUCAUCUCGAAUGUCAUUCUGAGUCCAACAGCUACACAGGCAGUUAGGUGGACGAAACCACUGAGCAGAGAGGCUUCAGUCACAGCAGACGGAGCACUGACUUCUGCUCGGCAUAGAUGAAAUAAAACGUUGAUCAAGAGCACACGGACAGAGCUAGAGAAGCAUUAAUAUAUGAGCAUACUGUCCAUAUAAGCCAAGAGCAUAUUUCAAAAGCAAUACUGGAAUUGGUCUAAUAUCAUGUCUGCCCAUAUGUAGCUGAGGUGAAACAGUUUUUUUUUUCUGUAGAAGUAGAUUAUCAACUGUCAGACUAGCAGCAAAAAUGUAUAACGGUCUUUUUAGAAGUGUUUAAUUACCUUAAUAUGGAGACAUCUGAAAAACAGUUUUACACGCAUUUGUAUUAAAAAAAAACACACACAUCAUUAUUAUCAUAUCAGCCAAUAUGGGUGGAAAUAUAUAGCAUAAUUGGUACCAUAUCAGUGCAUCACAACACAAGACCCCAAGGUCCCUUAGACUCCUCUGUUGUGCUUUAGUUCCCUCUGAUCCUGAGGUUAGUACCAACCCAAAAAAAAGUCUACAGAGUUGGGACAGGGUGUGUUUUACCUCUGAUGUUCUUAGCAGAGACUUAGCACUAUUGCUGGUAAUAUAGUACUGUACACAGUGACAACAGCAGCCUAGAUCCAGUAUUAGAGUUUAGUAAACGCAGAUUUACCUGGAGUUAAAAAAAAAAGACAAGCACAGACAAGCAGAGCUUUUCCAGUGUAAUUUUAAAAAUGGGGUUGAAGACAUUGACUUCAUAUUCACAGCAUCAAGUCUGACAUUUAGAAUCUAUUGAAGACUACAACAAAGGUAUGACAUGGGUAACGGCAGAAGUGAGGUUCCCUGUAUUUUUUGUUGCUAGGACAGUGAUUAAACGUGACUAUACUUUAUCGCUUCCCUGUUCCACGACAGGUUGUUUUGUGUCAGCCGCACUUUCAAAUGACACACUUUGAAUUAUUAUGUAUGCAUAUCUCCGCUCAAAGUGUCAAAAGGAUUGCAUUUUUUAUUUACAAACAACAAAAACAGAGGUCUGUGAUUGUGUUUGUCUCUCUUUCUCUUUCUCUCUCUUUCUCUCUCUGUUACGUACCUUCCUUUGAUUGUCUUUUUUUAUGGGCUCAGUCAGUUCCUUCCUCUCACUCUUUGCUUUGCCCUCCUAUGCCACCUGUCGUUGUUGAGACUACUGCUGUGCGUAUCUUGUCAGGUGUUGGAUAUUAUUUAUGACCUUGUCUUGUGUCCCGACUGUGAAACGCCUGAUAAAACAUCUAUAUCUGCCACAAA